GGAUUUAAACGAAAGCUCUCUACGAUUCUGAUUAUAUCGAGAAAUUUUACUUGUAUAGAGCCUGCAUCGUAUUUACACAGUAUAAACUGUUUAUAUGAUAUGCCAACGUUUUAAUCGUUGUAAUAUAUACUUGCAGUGUUUUUUCAACAACUUCCAUCUUCAGUGCGAACUGUCUAAAAGUAUUUGUGGUUGGUGGGAUUGUUUUGCCGGUGCUUGCAUCUGCGAUUGGUAUAUAAGUAUAUCCAAAGAGACGUCUAUUGACAGUAUUCGUGUUAAUAUGUAUCGGGCAUCUGCUUUCGAAGAACUAAGCUGAGACGUCAUUGGUACAUCGCUAUCCAUCUAUCAAAUCAUGCAACAUCUAUUACCGAUGAUAGAGUGCGAGUCUUGUUCCAUUUCUCUGACUUCUUAAUAUCAGAUGAUUCUUAACUUUAGAUUUAGUUUUUAAUGGAAAGCUUUCGACGUUCGAUCUUUGCACCAAAAACUUCAAUUAUACCGAUUCCACAAACAAGGAGGAAUGAAAACAAAAUUGUGCUCAAUGUAGGAGGUGUCAGGUUCGAAACCUACAAAACCACCUUGAAAAGCAUUCCAGAUACCCGACUAUCAUGGCUAUCGGACUCUACCGGAAACACACCGGAAUACGAUCCAAUUACGGGAGAGUUCUUCUUCGACAGACAUUCCGGAAUGUUUCAUAUGAUACUGAACUACUACCGGACAGGGAAACUCCACAUUCCAAUGGACGUGUGUGGUCCGGCGUUCGAGGAAGAGCUAGCUUACUGGGGUCUGGAUGAGAACCAAAUAGAACCUUGUUGUUGGAAUACAUACCGAGCCCACAGGGACGCCCAACAGACCCUAGCAGAAUUUGAAGGUCAUGACCCCGGGACGGAGAGUGAUGAUGAGGAAGAGUCUGCGAUGAGAGAAAGAUUUGGAAUUUCCGAGGACUUCGUUGAGGUAAAGAAGUCCGUUUGGGAAAGAUGGAAAAUUCGGAUCUGGAAUAUUGUAGACGAACCUAGAGCCAACAGUUUAUCACGUAUAUUUGCCAUUGUUUCCGUAUUUUUCAUUAUACUGUCCAUCGCAUCAUUCUGUCUGGAAACCCACACCAAGUUCCGCUACGACAUUUCCGGUAACGCUUCCGUAAAAUCCAGAACCAUUGUAGAACAGGUCCGGAAUUCCCGUCCCCACAUCGUAUUCGUUGUUCUGGAGUACAUGUGUAUGGUGUUUUUCACCUUUGAAGUGACCGUCCGAUUCAUUUCUUGUCCAAACAAAUCAAAGUUCAUCAAAGACUUUUAUAACGGAAUCGAAUUGUUUUCCGUUAUUCCUUUCUACACGCUCAUUAUUGCGAAUUGCAUUUCACCGGAUUUUAUAAUGACUAAUACGGGAUUGUUUAUAAAUGCUUUGCGUUUCGUUCGAAUUUUCCGUAUUCUUAAAUUGACACGCUAUUUCAGCGGUCUGAAAAUUCUUGGACACACAAUUCGAGCUAGUGCCAAAGAGCUGCUUUUGUUGUUCCUGGUUCUCAUAAUUGGAGUUUUAAUAUUCGGUGUGCUGAUUUACUUUGCUGAACAAAUUCAAGAAGACAGCUUAAACAGCUUCUCUGACAUUCCAAUUAGUUUUUACUGGGCGGUUGAAACAAUGACAACGCUGGGUUAUGGCGAUAUAGUGCCAAAAACAAUGACAGGCUAUAUAAUUGGUUGUGCAUGCGCAGUAUGCGGUCUGCUAAUGCUAUCUCUUCCGGUUCCGAUUAUCGUAAGCAAUUUUACACUGUAUUAUUCCCAUGCACAAGCCAAAAUGAAACUGCCGAAGAAAAAUAAGAACGUUUUAGUCGGGGCUGCUAAUGUUCUGAAAGAGAGUUCUUUUGGUACCUUGACUCCUGCGGAGCGGAGUGGGUCCUCGGGUGGUGAUUCCAGUAAAGAGUUUAGACGGAAUAGUAACGACAGUGCCCUGGGCAGCUGCAAUAGUACGGAGUCCCCACCAAGUGUGAAAGAGCAGACCGGUAUAAGCGUAAUAUUUACGGACGAAAUUCCACCCGGAAACACGUCACCCUCCAGUUCCGGAUCACCUGGGCAAAAACGGAAGUUGUCGAACAUCAAUGAGAUUCCUGGUCGACGUUGUAGUAGUUUGGAGGUUUCAACCCCACCAAUGCACAGACUUAAUCGCUCAGGAACUGGAUCUCUGCGUAUGACACCUGCGUCGAAGCGGCGCUCCAUAACUGUUUUCUGAUCGACUAUGACGCCAUAAUAUGCUUGGUCCUGGCAUUGUGUUUGAUCACUUGACUACGUCAGGUCCAUAGGAAAUUCCGGAGUUGCACAAACUGGUAGCAGGUGGAUUUGAUCGAGGCACAAUAGACAUGCCAUUUCAAAUAAUUACAAAACUUGUUUUGAUAAUAUUGCUGUCAAUGUCCGAACAAUAAUUACUUUGUUUUAUUACUUCCGUACUAAUUUCGCUGUCUGUGAUAAUAAUGUAAAUAAAAUAUCCAAUUCAGAAUAAAGUUUAUGUUACAGCACAUAAAUCAUA